CGAUCUGCGUGUUGCUGCGUCAUCGCCAGUGGCCGGUUUGAAUGAGACUCGUCGCGCCCGAGCCGCCGCCACCACCGCGCCUCCGCCCCAGCCUCCGACACCGCAGCUGCUUCUGGUCUCCUUCCCCGCGCCGCCCUCGCCAGGCCCAGCCCUCCUGCGCCGCCGCCUCCCCUCGCGCCCCGCCAUGCCGCUCUACUCCGUGACUGUCAAAUGGGGAAAGGAGAAAUUUGAAGGUGUAGAAUUGAAUACUGAUGAACCUCCAAUGGUGUUCAAGGCUCAGCUUUUUGCAUUGACUGGAGUACAACCAGCCAGACAGAAAGUUAUGGUGAAAGGAGGAACAUUGAAGGAUGAUGAUUGGGGAAACAUCAAAAUAAAAAAUGGAAUGACUCUACUAAUGAUGGGGUCAGCAGAUGCUCUUCCCGAAGAACCCUCAGCUAAAACUGUCUUUGUAGAAGACAUGACAGAAGAACAGUUAGCGUCUGUCAUGGAAUUACCAUGUGGGUUGACAAACCUUGGUAACACUUGUUACAUGAAUGCUACAGUUCAAUGUAUUCGUUCUGUGCCUGAACUCAAAGAUGCCCUUAAAAGGUAUGCAGGUGCCUUGAGAGCUUCAGGGGAAAUGGCUUCAGCACAGUAUAUUACUGCAGCCCUUAGAGAUUUGUUUGAUUCCAUGGAUAAAACUUCUUCUAGUAUUCCACCCAUUAUUCUCCUACAAUUUUUGCACAUGGCUUUCCCACAGUUUGCGGAGAAGGGUGAACAAGGACAAUAUCUUCAACAGGAUGCUAACGAAUGUUGGAUACAAAUGAUGCGGGUAUUGCAACAGAAAUUGGAAGCCAUAGAGGAUGAUUCUGUUAAAGAGACAGAUUCCUCAUCUGCAUCAGCAGUGACACCUUCUAAGAAGAAAAGCCUAAUUGAUCAGUUCUUUGGUGUUGAGUUUGAAACUACCAUGAAAUGUACAGAAUCGGAAGAAGAAGAAGUCACCAAAGGAAAGGAAAAUCAGCUUCAACUUAGCUGUUUUAUCAAUCAGGAAGUCAAGUAUCUUUUUACAGGACUUAAAUUGCGACUUCAGGAAGAAAUCACAAAACAGUCUCCAACAUUGCAAAGAAAUGCUUUGUACAUCAAAUCUUCCAAGAUCAGCCGGCUACCUGGUUACUUAACUAUUCAGAUGGUUCGAUUUUUUUAUAAAGAGAAGGAAUCUGUGAAUGCCAAAGUUCUUAAGGAUGUUAAAUUUCCUCUUAUGUUGGAUGUGUAUGAACUAUGUACACCAGAACUUCAAGAGAAAAUGGUUUCUUUUCGAUCAAAAUUCAAGGAUCUAGAAGAUAAAAAAGUCAAUCAACAACCAAAUACAAGUGACAAAAAAAGUAGUCCCCAGAAAGAAGUUAAGUAUGAACCCUUUUCUUUUGCUGAUGAUAUUGGCUCCAAUAAUUGUGGAUACUACGACUUACAAGCAGUGCUGACACACCAGGGAAGGUCUAGUUCUUCAGGUCAUUAUGUGUCGUGGGUGAAAAGGAAACAAGGUGAAUGGAUUAAGUUUGAUGAUGAUAAGGUCAGCAUUGUAACACCAGAAGAUAUCUUGCGGCUUUCUGGUGGUGGAGACUGGCAUAUUGCUUAUGUUUUACUCUAUGGGCCUCGCAGAGUUGAAAUAAUGGAAGAGGAAAGUGAACAGUAAUCUUCAUUCUAGCUAUUUAUGCAGGUGUGAAAUAAAUGUUAUUUGUUGAUUAUUUCUAUAAUCCAGAGCUUUAGGGGGAGAUAUUUAGGUGGUUUUAUGUUUCCCCUCUGUGGGACAGAAGAGGGCAGAAGCAGACCACUCCGUGCAUCAACCUAAAAAUUACAGGAAAGAGAAAAUCACCUUUGGAUUGUGCUGCCCUAUAUAAAGGUGGCAGAAAAACAUUUUUUAAAUGCUUAUUUCUUGCAUUAAUUUUUAAAAUUUCUGAGUUGGAAUGCCCUUGAACCAUUUCCUUCUGUGAUAAUUUUCCUCCCUGCCCUUUUCAGCCCAAAAUUGAGCAGUCAGAUGGUUUUUGCACACCUGUUCCAUAUUCUUUGUUCUUGCAUGGUUCAAACCACCAUUCGGUAGCUGUCCAUCCUUUGCCUUAUCUAACAAGUUUUCCCAGGAAGGUGGAAAAGGAAAUGAUGCCCUCAUUGCGUAACUCAGUGCUGCUGUCCACAUCCCAUGGAAACAUGGACACAAUCAAGUAUUUGUCCAGCUUGACUGUUGCUGGCUUUUCAUGACUUUAAAAUAAAUUGUGAUCAAUAAUAGUAUUUGAUUAUACAUUUAUUAUUGUGUCUCUCUCUGAUGUACUAUGGUUUGUACAUUCAACUUUGCAAUGGUUUUGUAGUAACGAACCUUAAAAAAAUGUUGACAAGCUCUGGUUGCUUAUUUUUAGAAAAUGAGGUUAUUUAAUAAGAAAUAAAAAAAAAGAGGGAUUAACA